AUGGACCCCUCAACCCUCCUCCCUAUCCGCCCCACCUCCCCUACCCUCUCAGCGCACCUCGCCGCCCUCAACACUACCAUCUCGCAACUCGACUCACUCCCCAGCCAGACCCGCUGGCCGGCUUACAUCCCCCUCACCUCCCGCGCGAGGAUACCGGGGCAGAUUGUCCAUCCGAAUGAGGUCAAGGUGAACCUGGGGGAGGGGUGGUGGGUCGACAUGACGGCGUCGGAGGCUGGAGGGUAUCUGAAGAGGAGGAAGAUGGCUUUACUCGAGGAGCAGGCUAGGUCGCUCGAGGGUGGACCUGUCAGUCGGGCAGCUCGGACAGAGGACUCGGCCCAAGCUGGUCCGAAUACCUUACCGCAUCCGGUGCAGCUCAAUAGUCUUUUCAUGGGCCUGAGCUCUCCUCCUCUUUCUGCGGUACAGAAGCAGGCCGCCCCGGUCCCGAAUCAUGUAACACCCAACCCUUCCACGGCCGGUGCCCUAUCCUCGAUGCCAGCGUCCAUGACACCAGCCUCGGCCGCUCCUCAGACCAGCGUGGAACCUGAUACCCUCGUCGGCGUCCUGGAUCAGUUCAUAGCGAACGAGCAGGACCUCGCAGAGGCUUCGGGCGGUUUAGGCUCCACGACCACAGAUGACGGUCUGCCCAUCCACGAGAUAUACGAGACUCCCGACGGGGAGCUCAUCGGUCCCAAGCCUACUCCGACCCAGAGUGACGGAGCGGUCGUCGUUCACUCAGACGCGGACAAAUACGUGUGGUCAGAGGAUGAGGCGGCCAAGGCGAGGGCAAAGGCGCUGUAUGAGAAGGUGUUUGGAGGGGAUGAUGAUGAUCUGCUUUCUGAGGAAGAGAGCGAAGUGGGGCCAGCGGAGGAAGAGAGCAAGGUCGGGGAGAUGAACGACGAGGAAGGGGCCGUAGCGUCUCCGGAGGACGUGCCGAUACCGCUUCCCGCCAGCGCCUCCGCCCGGUCGAUGUCACGAUCCACUGACCCGUCCCCCGCCCCAUCGACAACGACUCCUCCCACACCCCGCGGUAUCCUCAAACCACCUCCAGCGCAAACGCGGAAGAAGUCCGUCUCUUUCGACCCUACCGUUCCCCUUCCACCCGACUCACCUGAUCUCCCGCCCACCACGUCCCGGAAGAUGGGCUUCCAACUCCCCCUCCCUGGCCCGGAGGCACCAGACGGCGAGUUCGGGCCGAAGCCCGUACCUGUCAUCCAGGCGCCUGUACCCGGUAAGAAGGUAGCGGGCGGAUUUGGGGGCAUGAAGCGGGGUUUCCUGGAUUCGGCAGGCGGAGGAAAGGGGAAGGCUAUCAGCGCGAGCGUGAGCGUAGGGAAGGUGGAAGAGCCAGUGAAGGUUGUAGGGGGCAAGAAGCCGAGUUUGUUUGCGCAACGAAUGGCGCAAUCGGUCGUCAGGGAGUCACCUAUGGUGGCAGAGUCGUCCUCGGCCGCGUCGGCUAGGGCAGCGGUAACGGCGCCGGCUGAAACGCCUCGGUCGGCGGUCCCUCUUCCUGCCUUACCUACGGCCAAAUCGGUCACUACCGCAAGCAACACCGUCCGGUCGGCCGUCGUCGAAAAGCCCAUCGUCGCAGCCGCGUCCAAAGCCCCCUUUUCAUCCUCCAUCCCGACAUCACACCCUCAGUCUACUACCGCGGAACAAGCGCUAGAAGGCGAGGACCUCGGUUUCAUCGAUGACGAUGAUGAUGACGACGACGAUGACGACCUAGAGGAGGACGAAGAUUCAGACGAGUACGACCUGGACGACGCCCUCCUCGCGCGAGAAGUCGCACUCGAGUACCAUCGCAACCGGGCGUAUGCCUCCCCCUACAUCUCCCAAGAUCCGGAUGACCCGUCAUACGGCCUCACCCCGUCCGACCCGUCCGAUAGCGGCGGGGUCCUCCUUGCCAUGCCUCAAGUCCAGUUCGGUAGCGGGACUGACGGUGUACAAGGGGGUGCGCCGACGAUAAUCAACCCGACGCCGGAUGAUUUCAGGCGGUUUGUGAGGGUGGGGAAGCUGGAGAAUGGGAAUCUGGUCUUGGCGCCGGGGGAAGAAGGGUGGAGUGAUGAGGAGGAGGAAGAAGGGGGAGAGGGCGAGGGGGUAGGGGAGAUGGAGAUGGAAAGGAGGAAGAAGAGGGAUAAUAGGAGGAAAGUGAGAGAGGCGCUUCUUGGACAUAGAGGCGAGGCGGGAGAGGGGUUGGGUGGAGAGAAGGAAAAGGAGAAGGAGAAGGUUGUACCGAGGGGAAAGGGGACUAUUGGGAAUGCUACUACGCCGGCGGAAAGGAAGGGAGUCAGUAUGGGUGUGCAGGAGGAUAUGGGGGUGCCGCCGGCGGUACAGACCGCGCCGCGGGAGACGAGUGCUCCGGGGGUAGGGGCUGUGAAGGAACGGGGGACAACAGAGGUUAGUCAUGCGCCAGUGGCUGAGCCACCGAAGAAGGUCUCGCGGUUCAAGGCGGCUCGACAGGGAGGUGCUUGA